UGGGGUUACACAAAAACAAAGUUUCCGCCCAGCAGAGGAAGAAAGAAAAUUUGACGUCAGCCCUCAAAAGUGAAAACUAAUGGGAAACUACAGAGUCACAUCUUCUUUUGGAUUCCGGACGACAGCAGGGAGAGCAGAAAGCACAUAAUCGAGUUGACAAACUUGGCGAUGGCAUACAACAAAUGUUUUAUCGUUGCCCUAUUUCUUCUUUCCAACCUGGCUGUGGCACACACAGACAACACAGUGUCUUGCUACAGGAUUGAGCCGGGGACAAUAGCAGGCAUCGUCUGUGCAGAUGUGUUGCUGACUCUUAUCAUUGUCAUUGUCACCUACCGAUGUGCCAGCUUUCGGCGUCAGAAGAUAGACAAUGCUGACAAAGUGUAUAUGAAUGUCCGGGCCAACCUCAAGAGCUAGUCUAAAGAGGAUGUGGUACAUCAAGAAACUCUGAUACUUUUUUAAAUCAUCUUUAUAUAUACAUAUAUAUAUAUGGUACUAAGUGUAAUUGAGUACCUCAAAUGUGGAGCAUCUUGCACAUACUAUUUCUGUUCUGUUCAUGACAUAUAAUAAACACAGUCAUAACUCUUAAUUUAUAUGACAAAGUAUUUUGACUUUCACUUCACUUUCACUAUUGUAUGCAAUGCAUUGAAUUUACGACUGUUUUAGUGUCCUGUAAAGCUCUAGAACACUUUAUAAAGAGCAUUUUCGAAACUGUGUGUACAUCAAAUUCAUCAAUUUCACUGUACCUACACCAUAUAGCAUCCUCUGCUGUUGAGUUUUGGUAGUAAAAUGUCAAAACACUCUAUUCUAACAAGCCCUGGAGAUUUUAUGUAAAUAUUUUUGUCACCAAAUAAAAGACAG